AUGUUCGUUAUUUACACGUUGGUCUCAUUUGUGAUAUUUAUCUAUUUUGCCUACUAUUAUUUUACAAGAUCUUUCAAAUACUGGCAAUCGAGAAAUAUUCCAGGUCCACAACCAGUACCAUUUUUCGGUAAUUUUAAAGAAUAUGCUCUAAGAAAAUCUACUGCUCCAAGUAUACAUAAACAAAUUUACGAUGACUACCCAAACGAGAAGGUUGUCGGUUUUUAUAGAAUGACUAGACCUAGCUUGCUAAUAAGAGAUUUGGAUGUAGUUAAGAAUGUUUUGAUAAAAGAUUUCGAAUAUUUCGAAGAUCGCGGUAUUGAUUUCAGUGUAGAACAUUUGGGAGCUAAUCUCUUUCAUGCUGAUGCAAAAAUCUGGCGGCCACUAAGGAAUCGUUUUUCACCUUUGUUUACAAUCGGUAAAUUAAAAAAUAUGAUCCCCUUGAUUAAUGAAAGAGCAGACUUAUUUAUUAACCACGUGAAGAACAUAACAGAAAAAAAGGGCGACCAGGAAAUAUACACACUCGUGAAAAAAUUUACAGUAUCUUCUAUUAUGGCUUGUGCUUUUGGAGUUGACAUCAAUGAAGAUAGUGGAAAACUUAUACAAAAAAUGAAUGAAAUUGAUCAUUUGACUUUUUCUAGAAAUAUUAGCGUAGAAUUGGAUUUAUUUCAUCCUGGUAUACUAAAGAAAUUAAAUUCCUCAAUAUUUCAAAAAGGAAUUAGUAAAUUUUUUCUUAAAUUGAUCAAUGAUGUUUUACAAGCGAGAAAUGGUGUACCCUCUACCAGAAAUGAUUUAAUUGAUUUAGUUUUGGAACUAAAGAAUAAAGGUAAUUAUGUAAAAUUGACCAACGAAGUAAUAGCUGCGCAAGCAUUUAUCUUUUAUGUAGCUGGAUACGAAACCAGUGCGAUUACUAUGGCGUUCAUGUUAUACGAGCUAGCCAUGAACCCUCCUAUGCAAGAAAAAAUAAUUGCAGAAGUUGAUGAAGUUUUAAGCCGACAUGACGGCAAGAUAACUUAUGACAUAAUUAGUGAACUGUCUUAUAUGGACAAAGUAUUUAACGAAACUCUUCGAAAAUACCCGCUAUCAGCUGAUAUAGUACGGCGUGCAAAAUCUAAUUACAAUAUACGUGGCACAGACAUAACUAUCGAAAAGGGGAUAUCUAUACUGGUACCUGUAUUAGGCAUUAGUCACGACGAAAAGUAUUAUCCUAAUCCCAAGAAAUUUGAUCCAGAAAGAUUUUCCCCCGAAAAUGAAAGUAAAAGACAUCCUUGUGCUUUUAUUCCUUUUGGCGCUGGUCCUCGCCAAUGCAUUGGUAAGCUUUUUGGCAUAAUUCAGAGCCGCGUAUGUAUGCUAAAAUUUUUCUCAAAUUUCCGCGUUGAGGUAUCCAAGAACACGCCAACCACCAUCAUUUUUGACCCACAGCGCGUAGUUAAUGUACCAAAGGGAGGAAUACAGCUAAAUAUUCUUCCAAGAAAAUUCGCAGAGUGA